AUGAGUUCCAUCAGCAGCCUCAAAGCAACCCUCUCUGACAGCCUUGUCUCUAACUCGGCACUCAGGGAGGCGUUCGACAUGGCCAGCUGGGCCACUGAUCGCACAUCCCGCUUCAAGAAUGUCGUUAUGGACGGUGAGCAAAAGCACAGGCUUCGCCGCAUUCUCAACCACUUCUUGAUACCAAGCAUCAAGCCACAAUUUGUGGAUGACGAGGACGAGACACAAGAAGAGAUUGAUCGGGCUCCCGAUAGUUGGCUGGCCAAGGCUGACGGGGUAUUGAAGAUGCCCUACCGCAUGAUUGAUAUCGAAACAAAGAACAUGGUCCCCACAUAUAAUCUCGGCCUACAGGACCAGUAUUGCAUUGUGUCUCAUAGUUGGAAAGGAUCCGAAAUUGGCUACGGCUAUUUCGACCAGGCCAAAAAGUUCGACCCUACAAAAGAUGCCGAAUCGAAUGAUGGGAGCAAGAAGCCCUCAAACGACCUCGAUAGGGUCAUCAGCAAAUGCAAGGCUGACAUUCGCGAUUUGGAAAAAAAGAUCGAAAAGGUGCUUCCAACUGUUACACCUAGAGCCGACGGAAAACGUCCCGAGGAUAUCGAAACACUGCUCAAGUGGUAUACCGAGGCCAACACAGCCACUUAUGAUUUUGGGAGAGCCCAGAAAACCCAUCAUGAUGCUGCAGCUGGUGUAUCCAGUGCCGAAAGAGAGACGGAGUAUUACAACACGUUGUGGGGAACUCUCAAUGCCCUUACAAACUCAAAGCCAUCGACCGACGAACCAAACUCUGCUCAGAGAGAUGAUCCGGGAGUGAAAGAAGUACGCUCGGCAAUCGCGAGUUUGAAUGUUGAAGCGAAGAAUCGACGCACAGAGGCUGAAGAAAGGCUCGCAAAUGCUUCAAACAAGCAAACGGAAUACAAUUCCACCAUUGAGUUCUUUGAAAAGAACCGUGAACUGUGCUACGGAAUUGAGCAGUUGCUAGUCUUAUUGCAGCACAUGCGGUCCUCGCGCAAGAUCGAAAACUCUAUCACGGUAGCCAAGGAACUUUUCGAUGCACACUUUCUCCGAGGAGGAAAAAGAUAUGUGUGGCUCGACACAUGCUGCAUCAACAAGGCUGAUGGCGGUGAAUUGACAGAGUCCCUGGCCUUGAUGGGUGAUUGGUAUGAGAAUGCCGAUUUCUGUCUGGUUCAUGUGGAUACUGCACGGGACGAAAACACGUGGAUUGAAGAAUGGAAGCACUGGGAGAACCCUCGCCAUCCUGCUGUCCCCGUGAACAUGGGGAGCUUUGAGCAGAUUGGCUCCGCUGGUAAUAGUCCGGAGGAGAGAAGACAGUUUCAGAUCGAAUGGGCAACGCGUGGAUGGACGUUGCAAGAGCUGGUGCUGAGCAAGGUUACCUACUAUGUUAACUCGCACUGGCAGAAGCUGGUCCGACCAGUUGAGGUCAUCGGUCCAUUCUAUUUCCUUCAGCCCUUCCUCGCCCAAUUCUUCCGUCAUCCAUUCGUCAACAAGCACAAGGAAAUCAGCAAAGAGCAGAUGGAGGAGCUUAAAAAGGUACUUUCCCAACCAUCUCCAAGUGAUGAGAAAUCCAAACGUUUCCUCGAGGAUGGAAUGUCACCCACGAAGACGAUCUCCGUCAUGCUUCAGGCCCUUGGAUUCUAUGCACCAAAUGGAAUCAAAGCGAAAACGGCCGACGCCCAGAUUGGCAAAGCAGUGCUUGACGCUGCCGAUCGGCUGCCCGAUAUCCUGAGCAAACUAAUCCCAGAUAUCUCUGAUACGCACUGCUUGUCGAGCCUCACCAACAACCAAAUCAAUCAAAAUGAUAGAAUAGCAGUUUUCAUUCAUUUGCUCCGCGAGCUGGCGACAGAAACGGACAUUGAAAUCCUCGAAGACAGGAAGGCCAUUGCAGCAUUCAGCAAGAUUGGAAACUUGACCAACUGGAUCAACGGCCAUGACUUUAUGGACUCCUCCGCCAGCAGCUCUCUCGUCACCGCGGCAGAGCGAGUCACCACAGUCGCUACCGACCAGGCAUACUCUUUGAUGGGUAUUCUUGGUGUGCGGUUCCCAGCAUUUCCCGCAGAAGGACUUCCAAAAGCUCUGGCCCGACUUCUGGAUGAAGUGGUGAUCUCAUACAACGAUGUUUCGGUCUUCAACUGGUUCGGUAAACACCAAGGCAGUCCUCUCCAGGGGCGCUCAAUGUAUCCCGCCAGCAUCGCGGCAUUUGUUGAUCCUGCGACUAACAUGAACGUCACAUCUCGGACAUACGCUAAUCAGCGGAUCUUGAAAUCUUUCAGAGCCCAGCGAGUUCGACAGAGUGAAACAGCUAGUAACGUCAACAUGCUACUGGCUGAAAUGUUGGGUCUCACGAAGAAACUGCCGAAGGAAUGUUCGGUAUUUGUGAACCUCGGCUUCCUGGCCGCAAAAAUCAAGAUGACCAGUUUCGAUAAUUUGGAAGCCUGUCUGGGAGACUUGGUUAAAGUCGUUGAGCAGCUUCGCGACUUCACGCCUCAGGAUGAGAGCUCAGAUGUAGCAAGCCCCAUCGGCUUUGCCCGAGUCAACUCGCUGGCCGAGUCAGUCCGGUCGGCUAAAUUUGAGGUUCCCAAGUUUGAAGUCCCUAAGUUUGAAGUUCCCAAAAUGUCCUUUGGAAGGAAGAAGACCGCUCCUCAGGUGACGGAAGAAAAGACACCAAUUGAGCCCCCCACUCCGACAUCGACAGUGCAGGCCGCGAGUUCUCCUGUCGAUCAAUAUGAAUCUUUGAACAACUGUAUUACACAUGCCAUUGCGGUUCUCAAAGGCGUGGAGGCUCCGACCACCGACUCUAGUGUCACUUUGCCAUUGGCUGAGAAGCCCAGCUCGCCUGAUUCUACGAGCGAGCAGAACAUCGACGCUCGGAACGUGAAUACAUACGAGAAGCGAAUGGUCUGUCCCAACCCGAUCACAGUGAGCAGUGGUGGUAUUCGAGGUAUCUUCGAUAUCCAGCGGGUAAUUGUUACAAUGCUCGAGCCCAAAAAGCUUCGUUCUCGGGUCCGAAAUGCAGUCAGCGGCCAAAAGAUCGACGGAUGGUGCACCGUCAGCACUGGUCUCUCCAUGGCUCUAGUGUCUUUCUCCUGCGAGCGCGACGCUCUGCAAACACAGCUUGACCUAUCAGAAGUCAUCAACAAGCACAUUGAUCCAGACGAGACACCAUCCGACGGUGAUAACCAGACACCGAAGCCAAACGACGAGCAGAACCAGGGCUUCCGCAGCCAACUACGAAUGGAGAAGACCCGGGAGAAGAUCCGAGUCGCUCGCAUGGUCUCAUUCGUGCAAAAGCCCAACCUCGAGACAAUUGCCGGAGAAUGGGUCUUGGCCCGGUUUUCCGGUGCCCCUGGAGCCAGAUGGUUCCUCUGUGUCCUCGAAUUAGGCGCCGGGAAUGAUUUCUAUGGACGCCGAAUUCCCACCGACGCGUUCAGCUUUGAGGAUGCCGCUCCGGAACAGGGACUGACGGAGUACUGGCACCAGUUUACUACUGAGAAGAAAGCUCGGACCUGCGAUACGCUUGACAUGUAUCUUAAUCGGCAGAAGCUUUGGAAGAAUGCUGGGAAGAACUUGGAUGAGAUGCAGAAUAUGCAGCAUAUGCAGCAAAUGCAGGAAUCUCAGGCUCAGAGUGAGAACGAUCAUCUCGAUUUCGACACGGCGAUGGAUAUCAUACAAAAUCUUUCGUUGGACACGCUGGAAAAGACUAUCAAUUUGGGUAAGAUGACGGGUUAUGGUGUUGGAGGUCUAGGCGCGGAGCUUUGGGCUAUGCACCUGGAAGCUCGAAUUGAGAAGUGUGCUUUGAAACGGGUGCCUGUUGCGUUGCGGACGCCUGUUAGGGAUCUUGAUCACAGCAGAAAACUGCUACCAGCUAUGUUCCACGCUGGACGCGAGAUGCAUAUGUUCUAA